AUGGCAGACCUUGAUGCAGAACUUUUGGCGCUCGCCGGAGGCGACUCUUCUGGCGAGGAAGAUUCUAUGCCGGCGUCUCCCCGCCAGAAACGAUCUCCCUCCCGCCGCUCUCGAUCUUUAUCCUCUGACAAAGCAACUCCUCCAGCCGAUAUGGCUCGCAAAGGCACCGCGCAAGCGGUUCAGAAGACCAAAGCCCGCAAGCCUGCUCGUCGAUCGCGUUACUCUGAUGACGAAGACGAAGGAUCAUCACCUGUGCCAUCCGACUCGGCCUCUAUGUCCCAGUCCGCCUCCGACGGCGAGGUCGACCUCGACGAUGACGAAGACAAGCCGUUGUACGCAUACGAUAGAAUCUACCAUGAUGCCAAAGAGAAAGCAAAGAUCCUCGCCCUGCCAGAAAUUGAGCGCGAACAACUCAUCGGCACGCGCAAUGAAGAAGUUGAUCGUCAUGAGCAGAACCGUCAGCUGCAUCGAUUGGUGGCUAUGAGGGAACGUGAAGAAAAGAAGCGCGAGGCCAAAGCGAAGCGCAAAGCGGGCGACGCGGGUCUUGACGACAGCCAGCGCAAGAGCACUCGACAGCGAACUAAGGUCGGAGGGGAGUCUAAGAACCUCAUCGACAAGUACAAGCAGCAGCGUGCCGAGAAGAAUCGCCAAGACGAGAAGCGCCGUCAAAAGAGGACUGCUCGCAGUGCUUCACCUGCCGACGACUACAGCGAAGACGACGCCCAGGGAGAGAGCGAUGACUACGACGAUCGCCGACUCAACAAGAAGCGCAGUCCUAGCCCUGCUAAAGACGAUCCUCCAGCUGAACUCAGCGACGUCCAGCACGCUCGUGUCGGCCGAGAUAACUUCGCCCAGGUGUGCCAGACUCCUGGCUUCGAAAGUGCCAUCAUUGGCUGCUUUGCUCGUGUCAACCUCGGACCCGGACGCACUCCCGGCGUGAACGAGUAUCGGCUCUGCCAGAUCAAGGGUAUCGAGAAAGGCAAACCCUACGCCAUGGUCGGACCCAACGGUCAACAAUUUCUCACCGACAAGUAUGUGCUCGCCACACACGGUAAAGCUCAAAGACCGUGGUCAUUCCUCGAGUGCUCCAUGUCGCGCUUCACUGAAGAUGAAUGGCGCCGCUACAGAGUUACGAUGGCCAAUGAAGAUUGCAAGAUGCCCACAAAAGGCAGCAUCAACAAGAAGCUCGAAGAAUUGAACAAGCUCAUCAAUCACAAGUGGGUCGAUCUGGAAAUCACUGAGAAGCUACGUGCUCAGAACGACUUGAUGGCGCUGGUUACACGUGCGAAGGACAAGGAAGAGAUCCAAGACCAGAUUCUAGAAGCGCGCCGCAAGAAGCAGUUUGAAUUGGUUGACGAGCUUGAAGAAAAACUUCAAAAUAUUGUCCCGAUGAAGCUCGCAAUGGGCACGAUUCUUAUCAAGAAGGAAGGCCCCCGCGUUAAUGCUGAACAAGAAAGACUUGCAGCUCUGAACCGCAAGAACAACCAACUCAACUCCGAAAACAUCCGAAAGGCCCAACUCGCCGAGAUGCAUGCCCGCCGUAUCAAGCAGCAGCAGCGAACCGCCAGUCCUGCUCCGAAUGCCGCUUCAAACAAGAAUCUCGAUGAUUUAUUCGAAGGUGGUAGCGAUAUCAGCCGUGCGGCCACCCCUGUCAACGGAUCAGGCACUCCCGCAAGAGCGGGAACUCCGACUUUGGCAGCCAAUGGCACUCCUGCUGGUGGCACUCCGCGGAGCAGUACACCUAUCCCGUACAAGCCAGUCAGCAAGAAGAAGGGUCUGCCCGUCAUCCGGAAGGCAGCGUUGGAUGAUGAGAUCAUUGCUGGCAUGGACUUGGGCUUGGAGAUCGAUCUUUGA